GGGGGGAAGUGUCGAGGUCGUCGCUCGGAGGCGGCCAGACUGCGCCUCCCAGGCGAUCUCCCACUUCAAGGAGGGCGGCCUGCCGGGGGGAGGACUUGCUCGGGUGAAAGCCAGUGGACGAGACUGAGGCCUGGAGUGGGGGUCACCCAGCAUUUCCCCUCUUUCCCUGCUGGUUUGGCCUCCGCCAUUUUGGGUACGGUGGCGCGGCCACCUCGGCUUCCCGCCCUUCCUCUUUCUUUCUACUUUUUGCCCCUCAGCUUCCAAAAACUGAUUUAGAAGGCCGGGGGGUGGGUCGCAGCGCCCCGGAAGGGAUGAGGGUGGGGAACGAAGCGAACAGGGAAAGGCUGGGCACUUGGGUAGGGGGAGGGUCUGGGCUGGCGGGCGCGCUCCCGAUGGAAAUGGCGCCGGAUGGGCCUGGCCUCCCACCGCGGCCUCCCUUCCUCCGCAGUCUCGACGGGGCUACCAGGGCUGGCGGGAGUGCGAGUGACUUCUGACGCAGAUUCCCAGGAUGAGAGAGGCUGGAGCUGGGGGAGGAAAGCCAAUGGCGACGAAGGCGCUCAACUCCCAAAUCCAGGACAAAGGAGGCAAACGGCCUCCUUUGUAAUUCCGCCGCCCGGUGGCGAAGGUUUUAAAGCCAGGCUUGGCUGCCGGACGGAGGCGGGGGGCGGGGAGGGAAGGGGCGUACUCUCCUUAGCUCUCUGGUCUCUAGGGCAGCUAGAUAAACGAAAAGUCUCCGGGGAGGAAUAAAGGACGCUUAGCCGGCCCUUAUAUUCCAGAUUUGGAACUUCGAAAAGACACUUAAAUCAAACGUUAUUGAGAUGGAUUGGGUUAUGAAACAUAAUGGUCCAAAUGACGCUAGUGAUGGGACAGUACGACUUCGUGGACUGCCAUUUGGUUGCAGCAAAGAGGAAAUAGUUCAGUUCUUUCAAGGGUUGGAAAUCGUGCCAAAUGGGAUAACAUUGACGAUGGACUACCAGGGGAGAAGCACAGGGGAGGCCUUCGUGCAGUUUGCUUCAAAGGAGAUAGCAGAAAAUGCUCUGGGGAAACACAAGGAAAGAAUAGGGCACAGGUAUAUUGAGAUCUUCAGAAGUAGCAGGAGUGAAAUCAAAGGAUUUUAUGAUCCACCAAGAAGAUUGCUGGGCCAGCGACCGGGACCAUAUGAUAGACCGAUAGGAGGAAGAGGGGGUUAUUAUGGAGCUGGGCGUGGAAGUAUGUAUGACAGAAUGCGACGAGGAGGUGAUGGAUAUGAUGGUGGUUAUGGAGGUUUUGAUGACUAUGGUGGCUAUAAUAAUUAUGGCUAUGGGAAUGAUGGCUUUGAUGACAGAAUGAGAGAUGGAAGAGGUAUGGGAGGACAUGGCUAUGGUGGAGCUGGUGAUGCAAGUUCAGGUUUUCAUGGUGGUCAUUUUGUACAUAUGAGAGGAUUACCUUUUCGUGCAACUGAAAAUGACAUUGCUAAUUUCUUCUCACCACUAAAUCCAAUACGAGUGCAUAUUGAUAUUGGAGCUGAUGGCAGAGCAACAGGAGAGGCAGACGUAGAAUUUGUGACACAUGAAGAUGCUGUAGCCGCCAUGUCUAAAGAUAAGAAUAACAUGCAACAUCGGUACAUUGAACUGUUCUUGAAUUCUACUCCUGGAGGCAGUUCUGGAAUGGGAGGUUCUGGAAUGGGAGGCUACGGCAGAGAUGGAAUGGAUAAUCAGGGAGGUUAUGGAUCUGUUGGAAGAAUGGGAAUGGGUAACAAUUACAGUGGAGGAUAUGGUACUCCUGAUGGCUUAGGUGGUUAUGGCCGUGGUGGUGGAGGCAGUGGUGGUUACUACGGGCAAGGUGGCAUGAGUGGAGGUGGAUGGCGUGGCAUGUAUUAAAGCAUAACCAACCAACAUAAAAGUCCUGACAGCAGUGUCUGGUCUACUAGACUUUCUUACAGAUUUAAUUUCUUUUGUAUUUUAAGAACUUUAUAAUGACUGAAGGAAUGUGUUUUCAAAAUAUUAUUUGGUAAAGCAACAGAUUGUGAUGGGAAAAUCUGUUUUCUGUAGGUUUUAUUUGUUGCAUACUUUGACUUAAAAAUAAAUUUUUAUAUUCAAACCAC